UAUCCUCACCAUUAGGAGUGGGCGUAAUAUCCAUUCACUUGAUGGAGCAGAUUUUUGCUUGUUUAUGAAACUUUCAUGCUUUCAAAAUCCCCUCAUUAUACUUUGUCUGUUGCUAGUUUUAGCUCCAGCUGAGCUUUGGCUUUUCUGAUUUAAGAGAAAUAAAAGCGGAAAACAAGCCAUGUCAAACACUGAAUGCUUCAUUUAACAAAUAUUUACUUUUUUUUUUUUUUUCCAGGAACCAGUGAUUCUGAAGACUGCCUGGUCAUGAUGGCUCAUGCUACUAUUUAUGUGGGUUGCACUGUUCCUCAGUUACUGAGAGGUGCUCAGGGCAGAAUUUUUACCUCUCCAUUGGGAGUAUUGAGACACUCUGCUUUUUGUUACUGCACAGGGAACGGCACAAUAAAAUCAAAAAGGAAAAUGGAUCAUCUAGAGAGGACAGCAAAUAAUUUUCGACAGGAGGUAAUUACGCAAGCAAAAGUGUGUGGAAUCACCAAUGAAUCAGAGACAGUCAAAAGGCUUCGUUUGGCAAUUGCAAAUAAGGAUUUUACUUUCAAAGCAGGACAAUGGGUUGAUUUCUUUAUUCCUGGAGUGUCUGUAGUUGGGGGAUUCUCAAUAUGUUCAAGCCCUGGCCUGUUAGAACGAGAAGGAAUACUAGAGCUGGCAGUAAAGCACACUGUUCAUCCUCCUGCUCACUGGAUUCACACUGAGUGUACUCUUGACUCAGAAGUGGCUCUGCGAGUGGGAGGUGAUUUCUUCUUUGAUCCUCAGCCUGGUGACUCCCCAGUAAACCUAGUGCUGAUAGCAGGGGGUGUUGGAAUUAACCCAUUGUUUUCUAUACUGCUGCAUAUAGCAGAUCUUCAUGGAUACCAAGAGGGUAAAGGAAAUAGACACAAACUGGGAACAGUGAAGCUGUACUACAGUGCAAAAAAUACGAGUGAGCUGUUAUUUAAGAAAAAUAUUCUUGGUUUGAUGAAGGCAUUUCCUGGAAAGAUCACAUGUUGUUUUCACGUCACCCAGCAGUGCUCACAGAUCUGUAAAGAGCUGCAGCCACACAUUACAGAGGGAAGAAUAUCUGAAAAGGAUCUAGAGAAACACGUAUCCAGUGAUACUUCAUGGUACAUCUGUGGUCCUCCUCCAAUGAUAGAAUCUGUAUCGAAACUACUUAUUAACAUUGGUGUUCCAAGAAACUGUGUUUUCUUUGAGAAAUGGUGGUAGUGACAGCUGCUGAAGAGAAAAUUCUACUUUUUUUCCAGUGCAUUUUGAUAAGCUAAAAGUACAGAAAUGGACUAUGAAUUAUUUGCAAGAUUUUAAUGAAGAGGUCUUCAGUGAUGAAAGUGGUCCUUUAAUUUAACUGUAAUACACCUGUAAUACAGUGCUGCUGCUUUAGGGGAAAGAAAAGUGAUUUUAUGUUAAAGACAUUAACUGUUCCGGAUUUUCAAUGAUUUGCCUUUUCUUAUGGGUAAACUUGCUUUGUUAGUCAGCUUUUUAAAAACCUUCAGUGUUUGACUCAGCACUUGUAGAGAAUUAGUUAUGCAGCAAUGCCAGGUCUGUUUAUAAGGAUAAUUCAGGCCAUAACCUCUGAAUCUUCUCCAAAUGAAUACACACUUCCCUCCCCAGUUCUGUAUAAUACAUUUACUAUUUUUAUAGAAGAGGA